UUUUUUACCUCUUUUCUUUGUUUCUUUCGUUUUUCUUUCCCUUUUCCCUUUUCGGUACUUUCACGUGAUCCUCACUGUGCCAUGCACUUCACUUCCCUCUCCUUCACAGCUAAACACCUAAUUAAACCCUACUCCAUUAAUGCACAUCUGAUCCCAUCCCACAAAAACCCCACACCUUUCUUCAAAUUCUCAUUUCCACCUUAUUAAGCUCGUUCCCGUUAAAAAUGGCGGCGGCGGCGGAAUUAGUAGUAUUAGUGGUGGCAAUACUGCAACUCUUUGGAAUUAGUGUUUCUAUUUCUGAUCAUUCGCCGGCGGCGUCUGCUUUGUUUAUCCAUUCAGAUGCCUCUGCAUUGUUGGCGUUCAAGGAGAAGGCGGAUUUGGACGGGAAGCUUAUUGGGUUUUCUUCGGAUAAUAGCUCCGGCGUGGCGUUUUGUCAGUGGAGUGGAGUUCGGUGUGGUCGAGGGAGGGUUGUGAGGGUUGUUUUUCAAGGGGUGGGUCUUUCCGGCGGAUUUGCGCCGGGAACUCUGUCGGAGCUUGAUCGGCUCCGGGUACUGAGUCUCCGGCGGAACUUGUUAACGGGACCAAUUCCCGAUCUUUCCGGUUUGGGUCGCCUGAAAUUCCUGUUUCUUGACCAUAAUUUGUUUAGCGGCGCGAUUCCGCCGUCGAUUUCUGAUCUCCGGCGGCUCAGAACGCUCGAUCUCUCCCACAACCAGCUCGCCGGACCCGUCCCGGAUGGAAUCAACGGUCUAGAUCAGCUGGAGAAUCUCCGGCUGGAAUCCAAUCUUCUCAACGGUCCCGUCCCGCCUCUCAACCUCACUAAUCUCGAGACAUUUAACAUUUCGCUCAAUAGACUCUCCGGUCCGGUUCCGGUUACCCUGACUUUAUCCCGGUUCAAUAACUCAUCAUUUUUCUCCAACAAAGGACUCUGCGGUAAGAUAGUCGGAAAAGAAUGCCAUUCGGUUCAGCCAUUUUUUCCCCGGUCUAUCUCCGCCGCAAAGCCGCCGCCGCCCACGGCGGCGCUCAGUCAAAACGCGGCGGCACAAAACGCUGCCGGGCUAUACAGCGUCAGGAAAAAACCGUCCAACAAAUCCUUUAUCAUCAUCGCGGUUUCAGCUAUGGGCUCUUUAGCACUCGUUUGCGCAAUCCUCUGUUUCGCCCUGGCCACCAGAAAGAUGGCCGGCGGCGGCAAUCAAAUCUCCUCCUCCUCCGCUCGAAAACCGCCACCGGAGUCUAGCAGCAGCGCCGCCGAUAGGGUGGCGACGAGAAUCGAGGAGGAGGAGGAAGAGAAGGCUAAGAAAGUGAAAGAAGGAAUGUUGAAAAUGGGGAAGAGCGGGAACUUAGUGUUCUGCGCGGGCGAGGCGGCGGCGUACACGCUGGAGCAGCUGAUGACGGCGUCGGCGGAGCUUCUUGGGAGAGGAACAAUGGCGACGACGUACAAGGCGGUGCUGGAUAACCGGGCGGUGGUUUGCGUGAAGAGAUUGGACGCCGGAAAAGUGGGGGGCACGAAUAAGGAUGAUUUUGAACGGCACAUGGAAUCGGUGGGCAAAUUGAGACAUCCCAAUUUGGUUGCUCUAAGAGCUUAUUUUCAUGCCAAUGAAGAGAGGAUUUUGGUGUAUGAUUACCACCGCAAUGGCAACCUUCAUUCUCUUAUCCAUGGUACAGCGAAGCCGCUACACUGGACAUCAUGCCUGAAAAUAGCGGAGGAUGUAGCGCAAGCGCUCUCUUACAUCCACCAAGCAUGGCGCCUAGUCCACGGCAACCUCAAACCCUCAAACAUCCUCCUCGGAUCCGACUUCGAGGCCUGCCUUUCCGACUACUGUCUCUCCGUCCUCGCCGCCCCCAUCUCCGACGACGAAGACCAAAUCCCCAAUUCCGCCGCCUACAAGGCCCCCGAACUCCGCCGCUCAAACCGCCACCGCCGCCCCACCACCAAGUCCGACGUUUUCUCCUUCGGCGUUCUCCUGCUAGAGAUCCUCACCGGGAAACCCCCGCCGGAGCACCCGUUUCUCCCGCCGGAGGAAAUGGCGGAGUGGGUGAGGGCCGUCAGGGAAGACGGCGGCGGCGGAGAAAACGGGGACCGGACGGAAAUGAUCCUUGAAGUGGGUUUGGCUUGCCGGAUUAGCUCGCCGGAGCAGCGGCCGGAUAUGUGGCAAGUGUUGAAGAUGAUACAGGAGAUCAAAGAUGGUGUGAUCAUGGAAGACUGUCAAGAAAUGGACCUACUUAUUACAGGGACUUAAAUGAUUGUACUAUAUACUAUUUUUAUUUAAUUUGAGUAGGUCAUGAAAUGGGUAUAGAUGGUGCCCAUUAUCCCAUAUAAGUUAAAAUUGUUCAAUUAUAGUGGUAUGAUUUUUUACUCAUGUGGUGCAAUUUUUUAACAGCAAAAUUUGAAUCUCAAUGUAAUGAUCAAGAUUUGAUAUGUAA